AUGGAAAUAGGAGAGUAUAGUAGACUGAGAGAGGGCGCGGGCAAGCCCAUUGAGGCAGGCGCUAAGAAGGUGAUCAUCACUAACCCUUGCAAGGCCGGUGACAUCCCUACCUACGUGGUAGGGGUCAAUGCAGACGCCUACAACUCAGACAAGCCCAAUAUCAGCAAUGCUUCCUGCACCACUAAAAUACUAAUUAAUUGCCUUGCUCCCUUCGUCAAGGUUCUUGACCAGAAGUUGGGCAAUUUAUUCAUCAUCAAGGGCACCACGACUACCACUCACUCGCACACCAGUGACCAGAGGCUACUACUUGACGCCAGCCACCAUGACCUCAAGCGUGCACGAGCUACUGCUCUAAACAUUGUUCCCACUUCAACAGGCGCAGCAAAGGCUUUGACCAUGGCCCUUGUCCUCCCAACUCUUAAAGGCAAACAAGGCAUCGCCCUGCGUGUGCCUACUCCAAAUGUGUCCGUGGUUGUCCAGGUAUCUAAGAAGACCUUUGCCCAAGAGGUGAAAGCUGCGAAGGAGCCCCUUGUUUCGGUUGAUGUUAGGUGCACUGACGUAUCUUCAACAGUUGGCUCUUCAUUGACAAUGGUCAAAGUAAUUACUUGGCACGAUAAUGAGUGGGGUUACUCUCAAAGGGUUGUGGAUUUGGCUCACAUUGUUGCCAACAACUGGAAGUAAUUCAAACCAGUGCU